AGAGAGUGGGCUUCGCGGUCUAGGAUCCUUACAGGAUAAGCAGACACGCUAGCGCAACGCUUCACGCCUCUCUCUCUUUCGUAUGCAUUUUGGUUGUGCGGAGUGUGAGGCACAGGAUGCGCAUCAUCUGUGAAAUACACAUCUACCGAUCAGAACCUGUUUUUCUCACCGUCAAGAAAAGCGCAAGAGGACAGUCCGUGUGGGAAGAACUGCUGCGGCACGUGCAGAUCAAUGACUCGCAAUACUUUGGCCUUCAGUACACAGACAGCGCUAAUCACAAGUGCUGGUUGGAUUUAAGGAAGAAAGUCGGAAAGCAACUGGAAGGCGGAAACGACGGAGAUUCGUUUCCAUUGGAACUGAGAGUAAAAUUCUGGCCGUCGGAUCCUCGCAUUGUGGAGGAUGAACUAGUUAGAUGUCUGCUUGCAGUGGAACUUCACGAGUGGCUUCAACGUGGAAGGCUGAAAUGCGAGCAGCACACGAUUGUGCAGAUGGGAGCUCUUACAUUGCAAAGUGAGUUGGGCAACUAUGACAGCUCGAGACAUCGUCGAGGUUAUGCCAGCCAUUUCUGUAUCAGCUGUUAUCAAUCUUCAGCAUUAGAGGCAAAGAUGGAGUCAUUGCAUCAAACAGAUUACUGCCAGGGGCUGUCGCCAAGUCAAUGUGAUCAGCAGAUCCUCGAGGUAGCAAGGAAGCUUAGACUGUACGGUCUGCAUCAGUAUGCAGCAAGAGACAAUGAGCAUGCUACAAUCGAGCUUGGAUUAUCAUGUAAUGGUGUGCUUGUCUUAGUUCAAGAAACGGUGAUGAACCAAUUUCCAUGGGCUGCCAUAGGGAAGUCAUUUAUUCAAGGAUGUGUUCUUUACAUUGAAUUACAUCCACUCCAACUGGGCGACACGAUGGUGCAAGUUGGCUUCACAAUGGAAUCAGUCCACAUAGCAAAGGAAGUCUGGAAGUUAUGCCUCGAAUUUCAUGCAUUCUAUUACUCCUCUCAAACUAACGAGGAAAGUGUAGAUGUAAAAUGCUUGUCUCUGUCUAGACUGAAGUCAAAGUACCAUUGCAGUGGUUUAGCUUAUAAGCAACUGAUGGAACAAAGACGGAACUCUUUCUUGCUUGGUCCAUCUGGUCAGUCUGCACAGAUGUUGAGACUGAGUUCUUUGAGGCACAAAGCUGUGAGUGAGGAUAUGUCUGACUGUAGAAAAUCUUCAAUUGUUUUACAGAGGCAUUCCGAUCGGCUCUUGAAUAUUUCCAGUUUUUCUAGCAACGAGAAAGUUAAUUCUUAUUCCAGACGUCGAGUGAUCAGUGACUCUGCAGCUGAUCAACAGCAAGAAGUUAGUAGCUCUGAUUCUGACAUCAUUUCUGGUGAUGAGGACGAAGGUUAUGAUGGAGACACGGGUUGUGGCACGCCGACUCACGAUUCUGACGACCUGCCGGACGUCGACAUCGAACAAGUCGUUCAAAAACUCUCUCAAGAUCAUUGCAGAUUAAUGGAGGAAAUGGGACCGUAUUACUUCGUGGCGUGUGAAAUCAGAGACACUGAAAGAUCGUAUUGCUUGGAUCUUGAGCUGCUAAACGUGCAGUUUAGAAAUCAAGUGGUGAAGUCACAGCUUCUCUCACCCAGACAGGUGUCUGAGUUGUUCGGCAAUCUCGAUCUUAUUCAAGAAUUUCACAAGAAUUUUUUGGCCGAACUGGAAAAGCGCAUGGCAAUUUGGGAUGGAAAUGUAGAGAAAUACUCAAAGUGUUUGAUUGGUGACAUUCUAAAAAUGAGGAUGGCAUGCAUGAAACUGUACACAAGUUACAUUACAAAUGAGACAAAAAUAUUUGAGCUGCUUGGACGAUGGCAGCAAGAGAACUCAGAGUUUGCUCGAGUGUGCACUCGCUUUGAGGGAUUAGAGACGUGCCAUCGGCCUGUGACUGAACUGUUUUACAGACCAUUUCAGAGAAUGAUCCAUUACAAAGAACUGCUGAAGAGGCUGCUGCAGAGCUGCAAAACAGAACAGGAAGACUACACAGACACAAAGGAGGCGUUAGAGCAUAUUGAAACCGCUCUAGAGCAUGUGGACAGAUCUACAAAAGCUGCUGAGAAUGCAAGGAAGAUGAUGCGUUUGCACAGAGAACUCGUGGGCGUGGCAAACCUACUGAAACGUGGGCGAGUGUGUCUUCUAGAAGGAAAUUUACUGAAAGUUGGAGCAAAAGGUCCUCAAGCAAAAUUCUUUUUCUUAUUUAGUGACAUCCUACUGUAUGCCGUCAAGAAGAUGGGCAAUCAUUUGGUUGCUCAGGGUAUUUUGCCACUUCUGGGCAUGACAGUUGAGGAACUUGGUGAGGGAAGUCACAGCCAACUGUCAUUCAAGAUUUUGACAGAAAAAAUAUCGUUUGUUGUCAUUGCAGGAACUGUAAACGAGAGACAGAAGUGGGUUGACAUGUUAAAGCAAACCAUUUGGGGUCUAGAACACAAACAACUCAACGACAUUGAUAGUUUGCAGCCGAAGUCAAGUGCAAUUGCAAUCGUUGCUCCAAUUCUUCAACCUUUUGAUGAAGUAAAGCGGUGCAUGAGCUGUAGUAGGAAAUUCUCGCUUUUGAGACGUAAGCACAACUGCAAAGGCUGUGGAACGGUUGUUUGUGUUAGUUGUCUUCGAAAGUUUGUGCCUGUUGGGUAUUCGGCGAAUUUAGAGCUUUGUUGUGAUGAUUGCUAUCGACAAUGUCUUACUGAUGGUGCUCUUGCUCGAAGAGACUCUUCAGUGAUUCGCCAUCAUUCAGUUAUUCGUUCUCUCAAUCCAGACCUUUCAGACCUGUCAUCAUCACAACCUGAAAUGCCAGACAUAAUGGUAGAACAAACAUCAUCAUCGGCCACAUGUUCAUCAGCUAUGCGUUCAGUAUCUCCAGCCAACCCUAAAGGAACAAGCACCAACACAACAUCAGAACUGAAAAAGAACACGUGGUUCCACAAAUCUCGUGAGAGGAGAAACUCAACGAUUGUCCUAGAUGAUUUAGGGCCCGGCGGUAGUGAAAGCGCGAGAUCACAUUCAUCUAGUUUACUAACUCCUUCUGAUAUAUCAUCACCCUUUCACGUGUCACUGGAAAGAAAUGACAGCAAUGAGUCUAAGCCUGUUGUGUUAGUCAAGAGACGUAGUCGAAGCUUUUUGUCUCGUAACAGACAACAAGAGUCUGAAGAUCAUAAGAUUUUCCAAAAUGACAACAGGUAUAAUCGUUCAAUGGAGUCUUUGUCACACAACAAAGUGUUGCUAUCUUUGAGAAGUGAAGCAUUCGAUCGUGAUACUGAGAUGAGUGGCUACUUGUUUCGGAAAAUUAAAGGAGUCGGUGGCUGGAAACAGUUCUGGACUGUGUCAUCCAAUUGCUGUCUAUAUCAUUACAAAGAUCAUAACGAUUCUGUAGCUCUUAGCAGUCUUCCACUACCCAACUUUGAACUCUCGUUACCUAACAAGUUUGACAUUGAAGCCUUUGACUACACGUAUGUAUUCAAGCUGUCGGCUGCUGCAAGAGUUCAUUACUACAUGGCAGAUAGCAAAUACUCAAUGGAUAGAUGGAUGGAGCUGCUCAGUGCAGUUGUAAAAAGAUCCAGAACUCACAGACAAUUGAGUCGUUUAGCCAAACAUCAUUCAGGCAUGUUGAGGAUGCGGUCGUACACCAUUUUCUAACUAACACCCAAACUUUAUUGUAUGACUCAAGUCCGUGUAUAUGGGCAUGAAAUAUGCAGUAGAUGCCUGUGCUUGUAGUUGACAUUUUUUCUUGUAUUUUAUGGAUUUUUAAGAACUGUAUACAGUUGAAUUUUUCUAAUGAUUCAAUGAAUGUUCGUUGUAUUGUGUGAGCCCAAUGUCAAGAAUUGUUAUAAUAGGCUGUGUACAGUAUUGGUAAUAUCAUGACUAAGAAAUUGAUUGACAUGCAUGCAGUGUUCCAAUGUACAUGUGUGGUCACUUAUUAACCAUUUGUCAUCACAACAUCCCUUUUUACGAUCUAAAUAGCUGUGGUAUUCGAAUACUCUGUAAUGGUACUACUUUUCAGUUUAGUCUUACAAAAUGUACUAUUUAUAGUGACAAAUAAGGAAGUGCGGUUUGUGCUUUUCUGGUCAUUUGUCUGUAGGUUUUCUGGUCAUUUGUCUGUAGGUUGUCAGGUGACUGUCACCAGACCAGUUCUUGUGAUGUCAUGUCCUGCCCUCAAUUUGUUGUGUCGAGGAACAUUUAAUUGAGAACAAGGCAUGUGGCUGUUGCAUAUUCAGUGAAGUUGUUUGAGUUACAUAGUACAGCAGCUUGUAUUAUCACGCGUCAUCAACUUGUUAUGCAGCUGAAGACAAAGACAAGUCAACUGACACAAUCAGAUAAACCACUUGAAUGUCACCGUUUAGACAUCAGAGAGAGGAAGUCUGACGCAUUUGCUUGUUCAACUGUACAUUUACAAUGGUUAACACAGAGAUGGAAGAGUGAGCUGGAAUCAGAGAAAAGAAGAAGAUGGACUGUUGAAGGAAAACUGAAAGACGAGAAGAGAAAAUGUCACAAGCUAACUGAACAACUCAAGAAACUACAGCUGCAGAGCAGUGAGCAAAAUUUACUCGCACUAUCUAGAGAUGCACACAAAAAACUUGCAGAUGCCAAUGAAAUGAAAGACGAAAUGAGGAGAAUUCAUGCAGAAUUAGGUGAAUUAAAACACCAAAACAACAAGCUGCUGCAUUAUCAGCAUCAGAUUUGGAGUGGCGGAUCAAUACAGUCAGUUGAUAGAAAGCAGAGUGACAAGACCAGGAGCCUCAAUCGAAAACUGGAACAUCAGACAAAAGUGAGGGUUGACAAUCAGUUAGACACUCUAAUCGAUCCACACUGGAACGAACGAUUUCGGCCUCAGUGUAACUACAUCAUCGAAGUGCUGAAACCUUGCAAGCUCUUGACGACUUUGUUUGCUGAGAAGCUUAUUGAUCAUAACGAGUAUUGCAAAGUCAGACAAGGCAUUGCAACUUCGACAGACAGAGAGGUGAGCGAGAUGCUGCUGCUGGAGAUUUUGUUCACUAAAGGUCCGGGAUCGUUCCAUAAGUUUUGUUCAGUACUGAGACAAGUCGAAGGACAACAACAGAUUGCAGAUAUGUUGGAAGCAGACUUUGACUGAUGAUGAUUGUCGUGUGAU